GUGACCAAUAAGUCCCGUGGCCCCUUGCUCCGCCCAGGGUGAAUCUGAGCUUUAAGAACUGUAACUUCAGAUGAAGAAACUUGAGCCCGGGGAGAGGGAGUGACCACCCCAGUCACCUGGUGUGGAGCUGGGACCCCCGUGUGGGUGGGCAGCGCACGGCCCCUCCCUCUUCGACUUGGUUUGGAGUUGGAGUCCCUUGCAAGUUGCAGACCUCCAAUGGCUGACCAGAGAAUGGACAUUUCUUCGACAAUCAGUGACUUCAUGUCCCCAGGCCCCACCGACCUCCUCUCCAGCCCCCUCGGCACCAGUGGCAUGGAUUGCAACCGGAAGCGGAAAGGCAGCUCCACCAACUACCAAGAAAGCAUGGACACAGACAAAGACGACCCUCAUGGAAGGUUAGACUACACAGAGCACCAAGGAAGGAUCAAAAAUGCAAGGGAAGCUCACAGUCAGAUUGAGAAGAGGCGUCGGGAUAAAAUGAACAGUUCCAUUGACGAGUUGGCUUCCCUGGCGCCCACGUGCAACGCCAUGUCCAGGAAGUUAGAUGAGCUUACCGCGCUGAGGAUGGCCGCUCAGCACAUGAAGACGUUACGAGGUGCCACCAAUCCAUACACAGAAGCAAAUUAUAAGCCGACUUUCCUGUCAGAUGAUGAAUUGAAACACCUCAUUCUCAGGGCAGCAGAUGGAUUUUUGUUUGUCGUAGGAUGUGACCGAGGGAAGAUACUCUUCGUCUCAGAGUCUGUCUUCAAGAUCCUCAACUACAGCCAGAACGAUCUGAUUGGUCAGAGUCUGUUUGACUACCUGCACCCUAAAGAUAUCGCCAAAGUGAAGGAGCAGCUCUCCUCCUCGGACACGGCGCCCCGGGAGCGGCUCAUAGAUGCAAAAACUGGACUUCCAGUUAAAACAGAUAAAACCCCUGGGCCAUCUCGAUUAUGUUCUGGAGCACGACGUUCUUUCUUCUGUAGGAUGAAGUGUAACAGGCCUUCAGUAAAGGUGGAAGACAAGGACUUCCCCUCUACCUGUUCAAAGAAAAAAGCAGAUCGAAAGAGCUUCUGCACCAUCCACAGCACAGGGUACCUGAAGAGCUGGCCACCCACAAAGAUGGGGCUGGACGAGGACAGCGAACCAGACAACGAGGGCUGUAACCUCAGCUGCCUUGUCACCAUUGGACGCCUGCAUUGUCACGUGGUCCCACAGCCGGUGAACGGGGACAUCAGGGUGAAAUCCAUGGAAUAUGUGUCUCGGCAUGCGAUAGAUGGGAAGUUUGUUUUUGUAGACCAGAGGGCAACAGCUAUUUUGGCAUAUUUACCACAAGAACUUCUAGGCACAUCAUGUUAUGAGUACUUUCACCAAGACGACAUAGGACAACUUGCAGAAUGUCACAGGCCAGGUAAGCUGGGCUGUACGAAAGGUUUUAAGGUCAGGGUGUCCCCCUGCUUCAAAACUAGUCCGCAUAAACGUUCCAGAGAAAUCUGGUUUACCAGACCCCCUGGUGACGUGGGGGUCAGCCAGCCCAGAGGUCUCGAAGCCAACAUCUCUGAGGUGACGAGGCUGGUGUUCCCAGGCCCUGUUUAUCCCCUCAAGGAGAACCCACCUCGGCCUGCCUAGCAUUUUUCUGUACUUAGGACAGUGCAGUUUCUGGAAAGUCUCUCUUGUUCAGAGGAUUUACAGGAACGCUGUAAAGAUUUAGCUCAAACAAAUCUGAUUCUCUUUUCCAUAAAAACCCGCAGUGCCUUCUGUAUUUUCCCUUGACUUUUGGCACCGGCACAGACUAGCCUCCUGGGAGGGACCAGUACUGACCCCUUCCCUCUGUGUCCCGUUGGUUCACCUCAGACCUGCACUUCCAAAGAGGCCCCUUGUUGUACCUCCACUGCCACAGCCCUGACUCAGGCCCUUGUGCCCAACCCAUAAUUGUGAUCGACUCCUAGCAGGCCUCCCUGCUCCCUUCUGCCCCCAGCCCCUUCCAUGUUUCAUACUUGUCCCAUUUAUGCCCCAACAGGUUGAGCUCGAUAAUGUCACAUCCCUGCCUGAACCUAUGGCCUUUAGACUCCAGGCCUUUGACCAGUGUUCAAGGCCCUCCUCAGCUUCACCCCCACCAGGCCCUGCCACUUGUGGGGCACUGCUGAGUCCUUCCCUCCCUCCCUCCGACACACUUGUAACCCUCCUUCCUCUGCGUAGCCGCUCCUCA